CGUCACUUCCGGGGCGGAGUGGGGAGAGUGGUGCAGUGAGGGACAAACAAAAGGAGGGCGCCGGAGGAGCGCGGCGUUCGGCGACGGGACUGUGUGGCGGAGGGCCGGGGCUGCCUGCCGGGCAGCUGCGAGUGGCGAGCUCAGGGCGGCAGCAGCGUCCAUGGAGCAAAAGGAAUGCCAGGACCCUGUGCAUCCAGACAGGGACCAGCCUCAGCACCAACAGCCAACACGAAGAUAGCAGAGCCACCUCAGGGUUAAAUCAUGAUCCCGGUGACAGAGCUCCGCUACUUUGCAGACACACAACCAGCAUACCGGAUCCUGAAGCCAUGGUGGGAUGUGUUCACUGACUACAUCUCCAUUGUCAUGCUGAUGAUUGCUGUCUUUGGGGGGACGCUGCAAGUCACCCAGGACAAGAUGAUCUGCCUGCCUUGUAAGUGGGUCACCAAAGAUUCCUGCAAUGAUUCCUUCCGAGGCUGGGUGGCCUCCAGCCCAGAGCCCACUUACCCCAACUCCACAGUCCUGCCCAGUCCCGACACAGGCCCCACCGGGAUCAAGUAUGACCUAGACCGCCAUCAGUACAACUAUGUGGACGCCGUGUGCUAUGAGAACCGCCUGCACUGGUUUGCCAAGUACUUCCCCUACCUUGUGCUCCUGCACACCCUUAUCUUCCUGGCCUGUAGCAACUUCUGGUUCAAGUUCCCACGCACCAGUUCAAAGCUGGAGCACUUUGUGUCUAUCCUGCUCAAGUGCUUCGAUUCACCAUGGACCACAAGGGCACUGUCAGAGACAGUGGUGGAGGAGAGUGACCCCAAGCCAGCCUUCAGCAAGAUGAAUGGCUCCAUGGACAAGAAGUCAUCUACAGUCAGCGAGGACGUGGAGGCCACUGUGCCCAUGCUUCAGCGGACCAAGUCACGGAUUGAGCAGGGCAUCGUGGACAGAUCCGAGACAGGUGUGCUGGACAAGAAGGAAGGGGAGCAGGCAAAGGCACUGUUUGAGAAGGUGAAGAAGUUUCGGACCCACGUGGAGGAAGGGGACAUCGUGUACCGCCUCUACAUGCGACAGACCAUCAUCAAGGUGAUCAAGUUCGUCCUCAUCAUCUGCUACACUGUGUACUAUGUGCACAACAUCAAGUUCGAUGUGGACUGCACUGUAGACAUUGAGAGCCUGACAGGGUACCGAACCUACCGGUGUGCCCACCCUCUGGCCACGCUCUUCAAGAUCUUAGCGUCCUUCUACAUCAGCUUGGUCAUCUUCUAUGGUCUCAUCUGCAUGUACACACUGUGGUGGAUGUUGCGGCGCUCCCUCAAGAAGUACUCGUUUGAGUCAAUCCGAGAGGAAAGCAGCUACAGUGACAUCCCAGAUGUCAAGAACGACUUUGCCUUCAUGCUGCACCUCAUCGACCAGUAUGACCCGCUCUACUCAAAGCGCUUCGCCGUCUUCCUGUCUGAGGUGAGUGAGAACAAGCUGCGGCAGCUGAACCUCAACAACGAGUGGACGCUGGACAAGCUGCGGCAGCGGCUCACCAGAAAUGCCCAGGACAAGCUGGAGUUACACCUGUUCAUGCUCAGUGGCAUCCCUGACACCGUGUUUGACCUGGUGGAACUCGAGGUCCUCAAGCUGGAGCUGAUCCCUGAUGUGACCAUCCCGCCCAGCAUUGCCCAGCUCACGGGCCUUAAGGAGUUGUGGCUGUACCACACGGCAGCCAAGAUCGAGGCUCCUGCUCUGGCCUUCCUGCGAGAGAACCUGCGGGCACUGCACAUCAAGUUCACCGACAUCAAGGAGAUCCCGCUGUGGAUCUACAGCCUGAAGACACUGGAGGAGCUGCACUUGACCGGCAACCUGAGUGCCGAGAACAACCGCUACAUUGUCAUCGAUGGGCUUCGGGAGCUCAAGCGCCUCAAGGUACUGCGGCUCAAAAGCAACCUGAGCAAGCUACCACAGGUAGUCACAGAUGUGGGCGUGCAUCUGCAGAAACUUUCCAUCAACAACGAGGGCACCAAGCUCAUCGUCCUCAACAGCCUCAAGAAGAUGGUGAACCUGACGGAGCUGGAACUGAUACGCUGUGACCUGGAGCGCAUCCCUCACUCCAUCUUUAGCCUCCACAACCUGCAGGAGAUUGACCUGAAGGACAACAACCUCAAGACCAUUGAGGAGAUCAUUAGCUUUCAGCAUCUGCACCGCCUCACCUGCCUUAAGCUGUGGUACAACCACAUUGCCUACAUCCCCAUCCAGAUCGGCAACCUCACCAACCUUGAGCGCCUCUACCUGAACCGCAACAAAAUCGAGAAGAUUCCCACCCAGCUCUUCUACUGCCGCAAGCUGCGCUACCUGGACCUCAGCCACAACAACCUGACCUUCCUUCCUGCUGACAUCGGCCUCCUGCAGAACCUCCAGAACCUGGCCGUCACGGCCAACAGGAUUGAGGCGCUCCCCCCAGAGCUCUUCCAGUGCCGGAAGCUGCGGGCUCUGCACCUAGGCAACAAUGUACUGCAGUCACUGCCCUCCAGAGUGGGUGAGCUGACCAACCUGACACAGAUUGAGCUCCGGGGCAACCGGCUGGAGUGCCUACCCGUGGAGCUGGGCGAGUGUCCACUGCUCAAGCGCAGUGGCCUGGUGGUGGAGGAGGACUUGUUCAGCACGCUGCCGCCCGAGGUGAAGGAACGGCUCUGGAGAGCUGACAAGGAGCAGGCCUGAGCGUGUAGCAAGGACCCUCAGCGUGCCCUCAGGCCAAGUGGGCAGUCCAGCUCUCCAGGACUGCUGAACAGCCAGCUGGGUCCCUCCAGGCAGAGCCCGGGCCAGGCAUGAGCUGGGCCAGGGCAGAAGACAGGAACUGAGGGGCUGGCCCCUUUUCUCCCUCUGGGACUCAUAUACCCAGGGCAGGCACUUGCCGGAGACUGUAAACUCUGAGACUACUCUCAGAGGACAGUAUUUGGACAAUCAGGGUCUUCACCCUGGAGGCCAUCUCUGCCUCAGAGGCUGAGCCGGCACCAGAGGCCCAGGGACAGUAACUUAGAUCUGGGUAUUUAUUUUUCUCUCCUCCCAUCUCCUCCCUCCAGAUAACUUAUACAUUCCCAAGAAGGGUUAUCUCUGUGGGAAGUGUUUAAACAGCCUGGCAGUGUUCGCCUUUUUCUUUUCGGGUGAUGCUGACAGUCAGUGCCCACCCAGGCUUAGCCAGAGUUGGGUAAGGCGAGCCAGCCGCAGGACGGUGGCCUUAUUGGCACUGGGCAGGGCUCUGGCAGCAAAACUUGUGGGAGACCAGGCUUCCAGGUGAAAGGGUCAGGCCUGGGGCUUGCCACACCAGUUUUGAAGCAACUAAAACAAACUUUUUUAGUCAGGUUCUUUUCUUUUUUUUUUUUUUUUUAAGCUUUGAAAAUGAUGGUUUGGGUAUUAAAAAAAGAAAGAAAAAAGAAAACUUAAAAAAAAAAAGACACUUAAGGCCAGUGAGUUGAAGUCUCAGGGUGGGUGGUAUUUCCCCUUCAGCAAAGCAGCAAGACAUUGAACGAAACUUCCUGUCCCUGUGGUGUGGGCCAGCAUGUCUUCCAGUUUGUCCUGACCUUAGUCCAGAAGUGUUGUUUGUUCUUCUUUCCUCCUGGGGCAGGCAGGGCUUUUAUUUUUGUUUACUUUUAGUUGUUUUUUUUUUUUUUUUUUUUUUUUGGUCUGUCCUGUUAUUUUUUUCCUCCUCCAUGGGUCUUGGCAAGCACCCUUUUCAUGGCUGCCAGCCAAAAGGAAGGCUCUGGAGCUGCCAAGAAGGGAGGAGACUUGGGCUGGCUAGUCCCCAGAUGAACGGUGCUCCUUCCCUCUCACCACCCCCACGAUGCCCCUCACGCACAGUGUUACGGAGCCCCAAGCAGCUGAUUCCCACAGACUCUAUCCCCACAUCAUGGGUUUGCUCAGUGCCACCACUCACCUCUGCUGCUGCCUACAUUGGCUCUGUCCCCAUUUGGUCCUUCGGGAAGAACAGACAUUUAGAGGCAAGUUGGGCACGGAGAGGGCAGGUUCCCCAGUUUUUGGUUCCAGGCUAGUCUCCAUACUGGGUACCUGGUUUGCACACAGUAUAGUUAGCGCCUAGUGGCGGCAAGCCACUCUGCUUUAGAUCAAUCACUAGGGUCCCCACUUUAGAAGGGUCCUCGCCUUAGAUCAAUCACAUGGACACUAGGGCACGUUUUAGCGUCUCAUGUCUUAACGAUUACAUCUGUCUUUCCGUCCAUUUGUGUUUUCUGCGUCGUGUCAUUGGAUGUAACCCUUGGAAAUACUGCACACUAGCCUCUGACAACCAUGAAGCAAUCCGUUACACAUGGAUCUGACUUAUGAACUCGGUUCAGAUGUCAAAUAAAUCUAUAACACAGUU